AUGGCGCACAAGCAACCACGUGCAUCUUCAGGCAUCCCUUCGUUUGAAUCAACCACGCUUGAAAAUAUCUCAGCCGCCGUGAAGGUGGUUCAAGCCACUUUCAAAUCUAAGAAAACCAAAGAUGUCGAGUUUCGUCUGACCCAGCUCCGAAAGCUAUACUGGGGCUUGAAGGACAACAUCGAUCUACUUCGAGAUUCUUUGAAGUGCGACUUGAACCGACCAGUUCAUGAUGCACACGUUUCAGAUAUCGAUUGGAGCAUCUCCGACUGCAUGUUUGCGAUUAAAAACCUGAAGACAUGGGUCAAGGACGACAAAAAUAUUGACGUCGCUUUGCCGUUCUCUCUUCUUAGACCAAGGAUCAGAAAGGAGCCCCUUGGCACGGUUCUCAUCAUCGGCACUUACAACUUUCCCGUGCAGCUCAAUAUCUGCCCCCUCAUUGGCGCAAUAGCUGCAGGUUGUACCGCAGUUGUAAAGCCCUCCGAAAAUGCUCCAGCGACUGCCAUGGUCCUCACUCGUAUCAUCGAGGGCUAUCUGGAUCCUGACUCGUACAGGAUCGUCAAUGGCGCUAUUCCAGAGACGACUGCUCUGCUCAAUGAGAAGUGGAACAAGAUUCUCUACACAGGUGGAGUCAACGUGGCCAAGAUCAUCUCUAAGAAAGCUGCAGAAACACUUACUCCGGUUUGUCUGGAGCUCGGUGGCAAGAAUCCGGCAUUCGUGACGAGUCACGCAGAUCUCCGUCUUGCUGCAAGGAGGCUUCUGUGGGGGAAGACGCUCAAUGCCGGGCAAGUGUGUGUCUCGCACAACUACGUCCUAAUUGAGAGAGCCCUGGUCAAACCUUUCAUCAAGUUUCUCCAAGAAUCCUAUAUCGACUUCUUCCCGAAAGGCGCGAGAGAAAGCCCCGAUUUCUGCCGCAUUAUCAAUACUCAACACUUCGAUCGCAUGAAGAGGAUGCUAGACAGCUCGCGUGGUCAAGUUGUCUUAGGUGGAGAAACAGACCGUGAUGAUCUUUACAUUGCUCCGACAGCAGUUCUCGUGGAGAGCGGGGAUGAUGUUAUGGUUCAGGAGGAAUCAUUCGGGCCCAUUUGGGCCAUUUUACCCUAUGACAACAUCGACGAUGCGAUUGCGGUGGCGAAUGCGACCGAUUCUACUCCCCUUGCCCUCAUGGCUUUUGGUAGCCAGGCUGAAAACGAGAAAGUUCUUUCUGGUGUUACAUCUGGCGGCGCAACUCUCAACGACGCCUUCAUGCAUGCCGCAGUUCACACUUUCCCCUUUGGGGGCGUGGGAUACUCUGGUCACGGAUCUUACCGCGGCAAAGCUUCCUUUGACUGCUUCACGCAUCGUCGCACUGUCGCCGAGACCCCUGGUUGGGCUGACAAGAUUUUCCGCGUUCGCUACAUGCCAUACCUGGAGUCAGAGCUGAGAAUGUCCCAAUGGCUGGGCGACGUGAAGCCUGAUUUCGACCGCGAUGGAAGGCAAAUCUUUGGGCUCAAGUCUUUGGUGGAGUCUGUUCUUCGGGUCGGCAGUGACUCGGGAACCGGUGCGCUCUUCCGCUGGACUAUCAUUGGGGUUGGUAGUUGGUUGCUGUACGGCCGUUCAUGGGUUUGA